CUGCGAUCCUUUCUCUACCUUCUCCCCCGCGCUUAUAUAUUUCCCGCAUAUCCACACACACAUACUCCCUUAAAAUAAACCAAAAGAAGUUCCAAAAACAAACCAAAUAAUAUAUUUUAAUCAACAGUAUGUAUGACCAAUAUAAUAUCUAAUAUAAUAAGUAAAAUAAAAAUAAUUAUCCUUGCUUUCUUUUUCCACUUCUUUUAAACAAUAUUAUCCAUAUUUUUUUUUCCUUUUUCCACCUUACACAGUUUUCUGUUUAUUUUGCUUUCAUACACGUCGAUGGCUGGUUUGGAUUUACAAACAGCAUCACUCUUGGUUCAAAACCUUCACAGACCAGAAUUACACCUUCAACAACAACACCAUUAUCACCGCUCCCAACAACAACAACAUGAACAAACUGAAAAUCGUGCAGCUGUACCACAAUUCUCAAGUGAAGAUGAUGAUAGCAGCCAAGGCGACGGAACGGGACGCGGAAGCAGUGGCUUUGAGCUCGUCUCCGCCGGCAGAGUCCGCCGUUCCAGGGGCCGUCCGCGAGGCUCGAAGAACAAGCCAAAACCGCCAGUGGUAAUCACAAGAGAGAGCUCCAACACGCAUAACGCUCAUAUCCUCGAAGUCGCGAGUGGCUCCGACGUCUUCGACAGCGUUGCCACCUACGCGGGGCUCCGCCAGCGCGGUAUCUGCAUCUUGAGCGGCAAUGGAACCGUCACCAACGUCACCAUCCAGGACCCCGCAGCGCCCGGCUCUGUUGUCACGCUCCAUGGAAGGUUCGAGAUACUGUCUCUCUCUGGCUCAUUCCUGCCGCCGCCUGCUCCGCCCGGCGCGACGAGCCUCAGUAUAUACCUCGCCAGCGGGAAGGGACAGGUCAUCGGAGGAAAAGUAGCCGGAAAGCUGAUUGCGGCGGGGCCGGUGAUGGUCAUCGCCUCGUCCUUCACCAACGUGGCGUACGAGCGGCUGCCGUUGGACCAGGACGACGAACAGGAGCUCCAAAUUCAGGCUCCGCCUCUACCGGCGGUUGCUCAGGGCUCCGCAGGCGGUUGCGGCGUGGGAAACGGCGCUUUUCUGGAUCCUUCUUCUGGUUUGCCGUUCUUCAAUUUUCCGCUUGGUAUGCAUCAGAAUGUUCAGUUGCCUGUGGACGGUUACUUUUCAGGUCAACGCGCUAUCCUUUAAGGGUACCAAGCCUUAUUUCCUAUUGUUAUUACUAUAAAUGAAUCUAAUCUAAUGUCACCGUUUCAAAUAGAUGGCUUCUAAAUAAUGACCAAGCUAUUAUUGAGGAACAUCUGUAAUUAUAGUGAAAGUGAUCUUACUUUAGUAAUGUGCUGCUUCUUCUAAUUCUUUUUGGCUUCCAGUUUUUAGUUGUUUAUGGAUGGAGAUGAAUAUUGUUCAAAGUUUCAGUGCUGUACUUUUUUCAGUAGAUCUACAACAUAGUGACUGUGUUUUGUUUUGGACUUUUUUUUUGGUAAUAUCAAUAUUUAAAGUUUAUUUUAUAUAAUAUAAUAUUUAUAAUUUCGUACA